UUUCAAAAAUAGGGGAGUGUUCCUUUAAGACAAGCACAACAAAACAUCUUUUAAACUUUAAAGAAGAAUGAGUUAAUAGCAUGACCAUGACUAGCAUAACAUCUCUCAAAAAUCUGGGGCUGGACGCAUAAAAGAAAGUCACGGAGAGAAACGGGAGAUAUUGUGCACAUUGAAUGGCUUGAACAUAAAAAGAAAGAUGCGUUUCCCUGUGUCCUUCUAUGUGCUGAGUGUGUGGCUGGGGUUUUUGUGUGUGAUGUUCGUGUGUCUGUGGAGUGGGACCUGGAGAUGAGGAUUUGCCUGGGAUGAGUCUUUUCUGCAGUUUAACUUGCACCCGGUCCUCAUGGUGACGAGUCUCGUGGUGCUGUAUGGAAAUACCAUAGUCCUGUAUCGUGUUCCUCUCACCUGGAGCAGGUGGUGGUGUAAGCGGGCCCAUGCAGGGCUGUUGUUUGUGGCCAUGGUGCUGUCUGUGCUAGGAGUGUGUGCUGCUUUUGAUUUUCACACUGCCAACAACAUCCCUCAUCUGUAUUCAUUACACAGCUGGACUGGGAUCUCCACAGUGGCCCUAUUCACUUUGCAGUGGUUUGUGGGUCUUUGUGCUUUCUUGUUGCCCUGGACCCCUUUGGCUUUUAGAGCCCGUCUGAAACCUCUUCACAUCUGGAUGGGCAUUGCCAUCUUCAUCCUGAGUCUCAUCACCAGCCUGUCUGGGAUCAAUGAGAAACUACUGCUGACACUCAGAAAUGGGAGAAAUGGAAGCAAUACCAAACCAUAUACGGCACUGCCUGCUGAAGCUCUGUUUGCAAACUCAUUAGGCAUUGCAGUUGUUAUUUUUGGAUUGUUAGUGCUGAAACUUCUGUCCAGUCAGAAAUGGAAGAAUCCAGAGUCUGAGAUUGAAACUGACAGAGCUUUGCUGACAGAUGCCAGAUGAAGACUGGAGUAAACAAACAGAAACAUGUUGUGUAUAUCACAAUUAUAC